AACAAUGGAGAUGACCGCUACCCCUUCUUAUAACAUCAACACAACAGACUUGUGUGAAAAUAAUGGCUCUGUGUUUACCAAUGAGUCUUAAGACAAUGAUGGAUCUAAUGACAGCUACUCCUUUCUAUCUCAUCAAUUCAACUGAUGACAAUGGUAGAAAUGGCUCUUAUUAUGAAGAUGAGGAUGAGUUUGAUUUCAAGGAAGAGCAUGCUGAGCUGAGACAGUCUCUCAACAUCAUGUCUCUCAUUGUUUACUGCCUGGCCUUUGUUCUCGGUGUGCUCGGGAAUGGAGUGGUUAUCUGGGUGACCGGAUUCAAGAUGAAGAAAACAGUUAACACAGUGUGGUUCCUCAACCUCGCUGUGGCCGACUUCCUCUUCACAGCGUUCCUGCCUCUGAGUGUUGUGUACACAGCUAUGAAUUUUCACUGGCCUUUUGGCAAGUUCAUGUGCAAGCUGAACAGCACUAUAAGCUUUCUGAACAUGUUUGCCAGUGUCUACAUCCUGAUGGUGAUCAGUGUGGACAGAUGUGUGUCUGUGGUGUGGCCCGUCUGGGCCCAGAACCACCGAAGUGUACGCAAGGCAUCUUGUGUGAGUCUGGGUGUUUGGGUACUGGCUCUGAUUCUCAGCACUCCAUACUUUGUGUUUAGGGACACUGCGCCAUCAUAUAACAACUAUGAUAUCAUCAAUUGCUUCAACAACUAUGCUCUUUCUGAUGACUAUGUAACAGAAUCUGUGAAUCAGCUGCGUCAUUUUCGUCAUCAGGCCAUGACCCUCACCCGCUUCCUCCUGGGAUUCGUUGUCCCCUUCACUGUCAUUGUCUCCUGCUAUGCUGUGAUAAUCCAUCGUCUCAGAAGAAACCGCACCCUGGCCAGCAAGUCCAGUCGCCCCUUUAAGAUCAUAGCUGCAGUUAUAACCACUUUUUUCCUGUGUUGGGCUCCUUAUCACAUCAUUGGUUUAAUUGAGUUGGUAAAUCACAUGGCUAUUCAUUCAAGUGAAAUAUUACACCACGUCUACACCAUUGGAGCUCCUAUAGCAACCAACCUGGCCUUUCUCAACAGUUGCCUGAACCCACUCCUGUAUGUGUUCAUGGGCCAAGAUUUUAAAGAUAGGAUCUGUAAACCCAUCCUGGCUGUACUGGAGACUGCCUUCCAGGAGGACGGUCCUGGAACUCACAGUGACACACAGUCAGGGGACAAGGAGAGAAAUGAGCAAAUAACUCUUAAUACUAACGUAUAAGGCUGUCCAUGACAUGAAGGAGCAAAUACUGAAACUAUACAAAUGAUCCACACAUGAGGCAAUGAAGGAAUAAUGUUUGAUUCAUUGCUUCAAGCCCUUAUAUAAACGUAAUAUUGCUUUUCUCUCUCUCUUCUCCUUUCUUCUCUGUUUUCUUAUUUUUUUAAGUAUUGAGAACAUCUUUUUUAUUAUAUCAUCUGUUUUCAUGGUAUUCCUUGAACCGGAGGGCAACUGUUCAAGACAGGACAGAUCAGGAUAUGGGAGUCUCCGCAGUUAAUUGUGAUAAUGUAGGCUAUUGCCUAAAUAUUUUCGGUAUGCUAGCUUUUGCAUUAUUUAUUGUAUUCUGAUCAUUUAGACAACAUUUGGUCUAAAUGCGUAAUAAAUUGGAUAAAAAUGAAAAUAUAUUAUAAAACCUUUUUUUGAACCUUCUUAAUCAUUUUUAAUAUCGAUAUUACCUGGUCUAUGCAAGUAAGUGUUUUUGUCAUUUUUGUAU